AUGGGUCCACAGGUACACUUCAGCAGCACUUACUCAGAGGAGUUCAGUUGCCCGGCUCGGGUCAAACCUGCCCGGCCCAGACCGUCCUCUGCGUAUCGGAGGAACAAUCCUCAUCCAAGGCCGGACUUCCUGAUGCCAAGAACGCUGCAGACAGGAUACGGCUCACGGAAAUACUUUCAGACAACGACUCCCCCUACCUCUUUUCUACCUCCAGUCAGACACAUAUCAGUCCAGUAUCCAGAUGUGCAAACAGCACAUGGAGAGUCGAUGCAGAGCUCAUCACAAACAGACUCCAAACCACCUGCCGUCUCGUCUGCAGUUUGUACACUGCCACCUGCUGCCUGGCUUCUCAAACCACAACGAACCAGCUUUGCUCAUGCAACAAUCCCAAAUACACAAGGGAAAUAUUCAGACACAAAUCGUAUCAGAUCAGCUUGGGACAAACAGAUGGACAUCAUGCCAUCUCUAAAACCCUUCAAACACCAGGUUACCCAUCAUCACAGACCACGCUCAAAAUCUACAUCUGAUUACAGUGAAGGACACAGCUGUUUUCAUGUGGUGAAGCCAUAUAAAGUUGGACACUACAUCAUCCACCCAGAGUUUGUGUCAGAAGCAAAGCACUACUAACUGUAAACAGUG